CCGUCUCCAACCGAAUCGGUAUCGGGUCGGUAUUUCGACUGUUGCGGAUGGCGGGCGCCCGGACGCGGCUCCAACGGAGUCGGUUUCGCGUUCCACAGGGUUGCGGUGUGCGACGCGGUCGGCAAAACCCGAUGACGCUGGUUCCGGCAUUCGGGCGAGCGGAUAGGAUAGGCAGCAGCUCCCGAGACGCGGCGGAAGGGGAUCUGGCGAGGCGCCGCGGCGGUGAGGUCGGGGCCCUCGGCGGGGGCGGACUCGGGCGGAAGCGCGGAAGAUCGGGGCCCUCGGCGGCGGUCCCUGCGGAGGAGGAGAGGAGGGGAGCAGAUCCGGCGGAGGCACUUCCAUCGUCCCCGCCGUCCGCCGGCUCGGCUACAGCACCAAGGAAGACCUCCAGUGCAGCAACAUGGACGCCGCUUCGCUCGCCGCCCUUGUCUCCAAAAUGCAGGACCACGUCGAACAAAUGGCGGUAGAACUGAAGAAAGUCGUGAAAGAGAACUUGACUACGGAGGGCACCCCCGCCGAUGUGGACCUGAACCGAGCUCUCUUUCAGGUCGAGAACAUUGCCGGGGAACUGGA